GCCCCGGGCGGUGUCGCCCGCCGCGGUGGGGGAUGCCGACGCAGCGGGACAGCAGCGGCAACAGCACCAUGUCGGCUCCGGGCGGUGGAGGGGGCGGCCUCGGCGGGGACAGCGCCCACCAGGUCCGGGUGAAAGCCUACUACAAGGGGGACAUCAUGAUAACAUAUUUUGAACCUUCCAUCUCAUUUGAGGGACUGUGCAGUGAAGUUCGAGACAUGUGCUCCUUUGACAACGAACAGCUUUUCACCAUGAAAUGGAUUGAUGAAGAAGGAGAUCCAUGUACAGUUUCUUCUCAGCUGGAGUUAGAAGAAGCCUUUCGGUUGUAUGAACUAAACAAGGAUUCAGAGCUUCUAAUUCAUGUAUUUCCUUGUGUACCAGAACGGCCUGGCAUGCCUUGUCCAGGAGAAGACAAAUCCAUUUAUCGCCGAGGCGCCCGCCGGUGGCGAAAGCUCUAUUGUGCAAAUGGUCACACUUUCCAAGCCAAACGAUUUAACAGGAGAGCUCAUUGUGCCAUCUGCACUGACCGAAUAUGGGGCCUGGGUCGCCAGGGAUAUAAAUGCAUCAAUUGCAAACUCCUUGUUCACAAGAAGUGUCACAAACUUGUCAGUAUUGAAUGUGGCCGUCAUACACUACAACCAGAACCAAUAAUGCCUAUGGAUCCAUCAUCAGUGCAUCCAGAUAAUGUAGAAUCGGUGAUUCCGUACAAUCCCUCAAGUCAUGAGAGCUUGGACCAUGUUGGUGAAGAAAAAGAGGCAAUGAGCAUUAGAGAAAGUGGCAAAGCUUCCUCCAGUCUGGGUCUUCAGGAUUUUGAUUUGCUCCGAGUUAUAGGAAGAGGCAGUUAUGCUAAAGUACUGCUUGUUCGAUUGAAGAAAACGGAACGCAUUUAUGCAAUGAAAGUAGUGAAGAAAGAGCUCGUCAAUGAUGAUGAGGAUAUCGAUUGGGUUCAGACAGAGAAACACGUCUUUGAACAGGCUUCAAAUCAUCCCUUUCUUGUCGGACUACACUCUUGCUUCCAGACAGAAAGCAGGUUAUUCUUUGUUAUAGAGUAUGUAAAUGGAGGAGAUCUAAUGUUUCAUAUGCAGAGACAGAGAAAGCUGCCAGAGGAGCAUGCCAGGUUUUAUUCUGCUGAAAUCAGUCUAGCGUUGAACUAUUUACAUGAACGAGGAAUAAUCUACAGAGAUUUAAAACUAGAUAAUGUGCUACUAGAUUCUGAAGGGCAUAUUAAACUCACAGAUUAUGGCAUGUGCAAGGAGGGUUUGAGGCCCGGUGACACAACCAGCACGUUCUGUGGGACUCCAAACUAUAUUGCACCUGAAAUUCUCCGGGGAGAGGAUUAUGGCUUCAGUGUAGACUGGUGGGCACUUGGUGUACUUAUGUUUGAAAUGAUGGCGGGCCGGUCACCAUUUGACAUUGUUGGGAGUUCUGACAAUCCUGAUCAGAACACAGAAGAUUAUCUUUUCCAAGUAAUUUUGGAAAAACAGAUCCGAAUUCCCCGAUCCCUUUCUGUUAAAGCAGCAGGUGUUCUAAAGAGUUUCCUUAAUAAGGAUCCAAAGGAACGUUUAGGCUGCCAUCCUCAAACAGGAUUUGCAGAUAUCCAGGGACAUCCGUUCUUCCGCAAUGUUGAUUGGGAUCUGAUGGAGCAAAAGCAAGUGGUGCCUCCAUUUAAACCAAAUAUAUCUGGAGAAUUUGGUCUGGAUAACUUUGAUUCCCAAUUCACCAAUGAACCUGUGCAGCUCACUCCAGAUGAUGAUGAUAUUGUGAAGAAGAUUGACCAGUCUGAAUUUGAAGGCUUUGAAUAUAUAAAUCCUCUUUUGAUGUCAGCUGAGGAAUGCGUCUGAAUUCUCCAUUUCUGGACUGUGCCAAUUGUUACUCUGUUUGUUUCUGCAUGGAUAAAUAUCUCUUCAUUUGGAUGCACUUGCAUAAAAUGAGUAACUGAACAUCUUACACUUGCCACCUAGUGUGAAUUACUCACUAAUUUUCUUUUUCUAUUAAUUGUCGUCCAGGACAGUUGUUAUGCUUGAACCUUCAGCUGCCAGAUUUAAAAUGUUCAACUUUCCAAUGGUCUUGCCAAACUUGAAUUUUAAUAUAGAAGUUGGCCUCUGGGACUCCUGACUGAACAGUGGGGUCUGGCUGUAUAAUCUGCCAAUACAGCAUUCUGAUAAAGGAAAGUUUUUUCUUACUGCUUUAAGAAUACAAAUUGCAUUAGGCGAUGUAGUAAAAUAUUAUUAAAGGACUUCCAUUUUUUCCAGCAAGACAAGUAAGAACUUACGACUAGUAAGUAGUUCUAAAUCUCUUCUCUCUGAACAUCUGAUUUCCCUGUUCUCCUUAGACUUAGAAGUUAGAGCUGUGUUAUUGCCCUUCAGAUUGAAAUGACAGCAAGGAGAGCAGAUUUUUAAACUGAAUAGGUCAAGAAUGGCUGCUUUCACAGGGCAUAUUGAUCCUAUCCAAAAGGAGAUGAUUAACUCAAUAUUAGAAUCAAUAGACUUUGCUCCGAAAUUAUACACUAGGAAUUGUACACUGGUAUACAGAGAGUGCCUUUCUGAGCCUGUCCCUUUCAGUGAGGGUUGUGCGUGGUAUAAAGUGUCAGUUUAAAUAAAUGGAAUUCAAUUAAUACUUUAAAAAGUUGAAAUCUGUAGAGUGUAAUUUAGCAGUAGUGGGCAGCUAAUAUUGAUGGAUGUAGAACCUCAUGCUAUUAUUUAUUGCUUUUACACUUGCUGUCUUAACUGUAUCAGAACUGCAUACGUUACAGCUAUGGCCUAGAUAAGGGCAUUUGUUUCUUUUUUUUUUUUUUUUUUAAACUUAUUGCCAUACUGUUGGAAAUGCAUUCGACUGCCAGUGGAAAAAGCACAUCUAGGAAAAAAUAGGUGCUGUCCACAAUGAGUCCCUUAACUUCUCCACUUAUAGAUGGUGAUUUGUAAUCACAAUCAAACCUGAAAUGUUGGUAGUAGACUCAAAGUUAGUAGUAAAGCAAUUGGAAUAAAUUGAAAGAACGGUUCAAACUAGGACUUUUGGGAGGUGUGAUUCUUACAUUUCAUGUUAGUAAACAGUGUAAUAUACAGCACAGAUAAUUCUUAUUUUUAAUGUUUAAGGAAUAGUUUUGAAUGUCAUAGGCUGAAGAAAUGCCAAAUGUACCACUUUUUUUUUUAAUUAUUAUUUUGGGGAAAAGGGAUUAAGAGACAUUGAAGAAAAGAAUCUGUGUUAUAUAAAUAAGAGCUGUAAGGCAAGCUAAGCGUUACCGAAAGCAGAUCUAAGUAUCUGUAAGCACAAGUUAGCAGACCUUAUCUGAAGCUUUUAAUAAGACUUCUGCUUGGUCAGUGUCUCUCCUUGAAAAUCCUUGUAUGGCGACACUGUACAUUCAUAGCACAAAUCUCCCGGUGUCUGUUUUUUCACUUACAUGUUAGCUUCAAGGAGAGAGAUUGCACAGAUACACAGUAGUGUCAUGGUAUGGUAUUUAGUUCAUAUUUUUCUUUGCAGCGUGAAUAGGAAACUCGCAAGUAUUGGGCUGAGUUUUCAGAACUGGGAAGUGAUUGGAGGGGCCUCAGUUUCAGGGAAGCAUUGAACCUCCGCACUGUUAAAAAUCAGGUUCCCUUAAACUCAAGUUGUAUAUUUUCAAAUGUAAAAUGCCGGAGUAAACCUACUUUUAAAGAGCAGCUAAUAACUUCAGCACGUUUAGUGCAUGUCAAGUGAACUGCUUACAUGCAGUUUUAAAAUAGUGAUUGUUUAGCCUCUGACUUCUACACCCGCAUGACUAGUUUAGACAUCAGGACUUAAUUGAUAUUAAACUUGGGAGUUAUUUAAAGCAAACAAGAAAAGCCUUGUCUCUACAGUGGCUUAACUUCAUAUGGGGUAUUAAGUAAAAUGGCUUUAUGUAAGGAAGGGCAUUUCUGCUGUUCAUCACAGAAGACUAAUGGAGUAAAACACUGUCUUUUGUGCUUAAAGCAAAAGUUAAUUUUUUUAUAGAUAAUGCCACAGAAAAGAUACUCUUUCUAUUUACGUAUCUAACCAUUAAGAAUGUUGCUAAGUGACAAACAAAUGACUGUAAAUCCAUUUUUAAACUUUAAUUUUCUCCAAAGUGCCAUAACACUAACAGUUAUUUUUCAUUGUUAAGCAUAUAGCAACUGUCAUAAAUAUUCAGAAGGGACAUUGGGUGUAAACAGUCCAGUGCAGUAGGCUUUGUCUUUUGGAGAGAGUGUCUGCAUCAGAAGCAUGAUGUAUUUAUGUGGAGUAACCUCCUUUUUGUAUGCGAAUUGGAUUCUUAUGGGUGCUCUGCUAGUUAGUAUUGUCACUACUAUUUUCCUGUUUCAUAUGGAAUAUGGUCUUGAACGUUGUUGUGUAAUCAUUCCCUUUAUUUGUGCACACUUUUUACUUUAAAUAAAACAUUUAUAUUAGG